CUGCACUUGAGUAUGGUAGCCUACCAGUGUGUUGCCACCGUCGAUCGUUUCUUUCCCACACGGUACUUAUGUCAGGCAGUUCCGCAGAGCGGGUGUGUUCCACUCUGGUGGCGCGGUGACCUUCUACAAUCGGUAACUCAAUACGAUGAGAGAAGGCUUGGAUGAGGCGAGACGGGAACGUGUUCACUAAAAUAUACCCAAGGGUUUGUGGACAUCUUUGUGCCUUUCCUGCACACCUAUUUCGACAUCCCGAUCCUCCAAAACUUCGUGACCCGGCCAAAGGUCUUCCAUAGAUCAAGAUGUCAGUCGAUCCUUUUGACGACAAGUUCGUGCAACAAGAGAUGCGGAGGAGUGGCAGCGGUACGGACAUUCACUCCUUGAGGUCCAUCGAUUCGAGCUCGCAAAGUCACGGUCUUCAGACAUCUUAUAGCCAGACCCUCGCCUCUCAGACUCCAUCGUCACCCAAAGCACGAUCACUACGCCGCCCAUCCUCAACGGGCUCAUGGGCCUCAAGAUCGGAGCGAGCAUCAGUAGAGCAGGAUGCACCACCGGUGGAACACUCUCUGGAGCAGCAUGCACCUGCCUCUGUCUAUGGUGUGCCGGCAUAUCUUGAGCCACCCGACCGUCCGAUAGUGAAGAUGAGCGUCUUUGGAUACCUCAAGAUGAUCGUCAAGAGUAUCUUUUCAGCAGCCCUGGUCAUAGUGCUCAUCUUUGGAUACACCUAUAGUAUCAAAGUCAUCGACCUUCAUGUCACCACCGUCGGAAUUUACGGUACUAUCCUCAUGGCCGACUUCCUCACACAGUACAGCUGUGCCAUCUGCAAUCGCUGGGACGUUGUCAACAUCGUCCGUAGAAGGAAAGCGAAGAUGGGAUGUCCUCCCGAGAGGCGACGCAGGCCUUGGCAAGUAGAGGCAAAGCAAGACCCAGUACCAGAGCCAUCUGACGAUCCCGAAAAGCAAGGCCAAGCACCGGAGGUGCCGCGCAAUCAGCUCAUGAAUCCCGACGCCGAGAUCAGCAUCGCCGUCGUCGGCUACCGUGAAGAUGAGCAGGCCUGGAAAGAGUGUCUGCGGUCUCUGCAGAAGCAAAAGCUCAAGCCCAAAUGCGUGGUUGGCGUCGUCGACGGUAACGACCAACCCGAUCUAGACAUGGCCAAUGCCUUCAUGGAGGAGUUUGCCAACCACAACAGUCUCAUGGUUCAUCUUCCCGUCCUGCUCUCGGCAGUCCACCGUAAGACGUAUUUCGACACUCUGGCAACAUACCCCGACAGCAGGAGCAAGGCGCUCAAAGCUUGGCAUCGUAUCUCUGGCCACCACACCGAAGCUCAGAAAGCCUCCCUCGCCGUGGCACUCAACGUAGUGUUGAAGCAAGUCGACGAGUGGGAGGCUGAAUACAAACUGUCGUCGUAUGAGGCAUUGUGCUUCAGCCAGCCCCAUGGGCACAAGCGAACCGCCAUGUUUACAGCCUUCGCUAUCUCCCUUUGGGCUCUCAAGACCAAGCACGCCAUCUUCACCACCGACUCUGACACCCUCGUGAAAGACGACGCUCUCGACGAGAUGCUGACGAUUCUACAGUCGCACGGCAACGUCGGUGGCGUGACCGGAGACGUCAAGAUUUGGAACCGUGCAGAGAGCUUCUUGGCCCGUCUGUGUGCCGUGCGGUAUUGGUUCGCGUUUAACAUUGAGCGCGCCUGCCAGUCUUGGUGGCGCUGCGUCUCGUGUCUUUCAGGACCAAUGUCGAUGUACCGUUCGCACGAUCUGCACGUCAUCCUUGGGCUAUGGAACAUCCAGACCUACCGCGGCAAGGAGACGACUUUCGGAGACGACCGACAUUUGACCAAUCAGAUUCUGGCGCAAGGCUUCAAGACCCGUUAUACACACCGAACCUGGUGCGAGUCUGAGAGCCCUACCCAGUUCCCUCGAUGGGUGAAGCAACAGACACGUUGGUCCAAGAGCUUCUUCCGUGAGGCGUUCUGGUUCCCUCACGCUUUCUCCCUGCACUCAUGGUGGAUGCUGGUCGAGAUCACCAAGCAAUCGCUCUACCCAUUCAUCCUAGUCGCCACGGUCUUCCGUUUCUUGUUCGAGCCUACCGCGCCAUUCCGACCAGUCAUCUGGCUGGUGACCAUGUUCGGCAUCGCCUUCGUCAAGUCGACGAUGGCCGUCAUCAUUUCUGCCGAUCUCUGGCUGAUGGUCUUCUCGCUGUACGGAUUCGUUUACUUCUUCGGUCUCCUGCCGUCGAAGAUCUUCGCCCUUCUGACCAUGAACAAGACGACCUGGGGUACCAGUGCUCGAUCCGCCUCGGAGAUCAAGAUCGGUGCGACGUUCAUCGCCGAGUUCUACCAUCUCGGUCAUCUGUGUCUAUGGUACCUCUGCACGACCUUCGGUCUCGCCUACUUCUGCUCGGUCAUCUUCAAGCAGCCCCUCCUGGCGCUUGCCGGCUUUGGUGGAUUUAUCCCUUGCUACGUGCUCUUCAAUGGUAUUCCCAACCCCCUCACUCCAUUCAAGUUCGUCUGGGCCAAAAUCACCAAGGUGGCUGCGGUCAUCGCUGCGGUGUUCGCUUCGGUCUUCGUCAGGAAGAGCAUCAAGCUCGACGACACCUUUACCGAGAAGCCACCGAGCGUGUCAGAUCGACCGGCGCGACCAGCGCGACCUGCACCUAUCAUCAUCGUGGACGAGCCCGUAUACGAAGACGAGAAGAAGCUUAUAUCGCCAUGGGCUUCUCCGGUCAAGAUGCGCGAGAAGCGAUCGGACUCCACUGCUUCAAUGACCUCCGUCGACGUCCUGCCCUUGUAUCGCUCGCGAGCAAAUUCGGCGGCUUCGAUGAUGUUUGAGCAGCCGAAGGGAAGGAGUAAACGUGCCAACUCUGUUGCUUCCAUGAUGUUGGACAAGCAGUCUUUCGCCGGCCGGGAAAGGUCUGACUCCAUCUCGUCACCCACUGAGAAGGCAGGGUUCAGGUGGGAUCGGUCAGACUCGAUUGCUUCAACGUCGCAAGGUCCGAGUCCAAGGUACAAGCGAAGCAAUUCAGACGCUUCGACGAUGACAUUCUCGGCGCCACCACGAUAUCGCUCUGACUCGGUAGCCUCGACGGCGCCUACGUAUAUGCCAGGCAUAUCGCGUCGGGUGUCUGUUGCCCCCGGCCUGUCGCUGAUAGGACCAGAGAAGCCUAGCCCCACCAAAGCUCCUUCGAGCUCCUUGCUUGAGAGGCCUGGCAUGGCUUCUUCGCCGUUGCGAGCAUCGUUCGUUGUGCCUUCAGACAGUCCGGCAGCCGAAGCGCCCAGUAUGCCAGCAGUUGCAGGCCGCGCGCGAUCGAAAUCCUUCACCACGCCGCACUCUCCCCUCGCGCCUUCAGGGCUGCGAGACUCUGCAGUGGGAGGUCGUCCCAGAGCUUACUCUCGGCCUCAGCCUAGGCAACUUCUGAACGAGGAUGAAGAAGAAGAAUUUGUUGAGAGCGAGGAAAGCGAUGCUUCUUCUCCACGCCGUCGCAGCGCUACAAGCUUGCGAAGCACCGAUAGUGCCCCUUCAUCGUCAGCAGGCUCCACCAAAGGUCGAAAGCGUUCCAACUCGGCCCGAGCACCGCCGCCGCCCUUCCCCGGGCUCUUGGCUCUCGGUCAUGCAGACUUGACUUCCCCGUCAGCCGCCGCCAGUCGACUUGCCAGUGCCAACCCCUUCCUUCAGGCGCCAGCCACUACGGCUUCUCUGUUCGCAGACCAAUACCGGGUGAAGAGGCCCGAUGGCGAGCACAGCUCCGCCUUCUAUCCUUCGGGCGAGCACGUAGGUCCAUUGUCGCACACCCCCUCUCAAAGUCGCAGGGGCUCCACUUUUGGGCCUGCCAUGGCGGGCGGACUGCUCAAUGUGCCCCAUCCAGCUCGGAUGAGGAGUGGCAGCAUCACAGCUUCUCGAGCUGCGCGUCAUCCCGAGGCUUUGCAAUCGAGAACGGCAUCCAAUAGGAUCGUCUGGGCCGACGAAUUGCCGGCAGACACCGCAGUGUCUGGCCCAAGUAGCCCAGUACGGGUCCUCCCUCGAUCAUCGUCUCUUUCGCCCAGCUUCACGGGCAGUGACAGCGACGCGUCGAGCUCUACGCCUCAGACUCACCCCGUCUUUGUUCUGCCACCCGCGAGGGAUCCCUUCUCUGAAGCCUAUGGAGCAGCGAUGGAUCGAGACGGAGAGUAUGGAUCCACCCAGAGUGUGGCCAGUCAGAAAGGCUACGCCUUCUAGAUGCUAAAAGUUGUUUCAUAUCAGAAUUCCAUGUCACCAGAUCUGUCAAAACCCUUAUCUCUCUUGGUUGUGUAUUGUAUUGUCCUUUGUUACCAGCCUCUUAGAAUUAGACACAUCUAUCCUCUUGCAGCUCAACGACUUGUGACAACUAGUGGGCUCGACGCUACGACAAGACUAUUGACUCCAGCCAAUUUCGGAAGAGGUGUGUCUGCAGUAGGUCAUCGUGUUUCCCAGUCAAGGUCUCAUGGUCCUCCUGAAUUCCCUCUCUC